AUGCACUUCAACUCUGCGCUCUGCAUGUCCGCGGCUCUCAUCGCCACGGGCGCUCAUGGAGCAGGUCUAGGUGCCUGCUGCCCCAACACCGACUGUACCUCUUGCCAUCUAGUGACGGGAAACCCGGCGGCCGGAGCUCAUGGCACCGGAGGUCCAUGCGUCUCGUUCAAGGCGUACGUACCGGUCAAGCAGGUAUGCCAGUCUUCUGACUGCAGCACCGGAUGCACGGCUGGGGGUUCAGGGUGUCUCAAGCCUCCUGCGCCAGCCAAGUGCAUCGUCACGUAG